UCCACGGCUGGCUGCGCAAUGCUGUCGUAGCAAAUAGAAACUACUCGUUCACGCGACCUCACAGGCACCAGAAAUAACGUAACGGAUGCGCUUACCUCUGUCUGCGCUCUGCGUUAUGUGCUCUGAUUUCUGUGCUCUGUGCUCUGCGCCCUGCGCUCUGUUCUCUGCGUUCUGUGCUAUGCGCUGCGCUUUGUCGCUCAGUCUAGAGUCGUCACGAGACGAAACUGUGUUUGGGAGGAUGAAUUGCUCUAGUAGGCGCCGCGCGCGCGAGCCCUAGGAAUGACGUUAAAGCGACGUGACUUUUGAUUCGACUCAUAGGCUUCCCACCACCCGCCAUCGCUCUCAGUCUCCACACCCCCUCGCCACUGAUUCAGUUGGCGUUUCUUCAUCUGAAUCAGGCUGUAGUGGCGUCCGUGGCUGCUGUAACGGCGUCUGUGGCUGCUGUAGCGGCUUCUGUGCCUGUAGCCUCUACCAAGGUUCGGCUGUAGCCGUGGCGGUGAUGGGGUCAGCGCUGGGCAAGCAAUUCAAGGGAGCGAAGGGAGCGAAGCGGAGCAAAGGGAGCACUCGCAAGGCGUCGAGCAAGCAGCUGACUCAGGUGGACACCGGGCAACAGAGGAGCCUUACACCCUUGUCAGCCUCCUCUCUCUCGGCCUCAUCGGUCAACUCGACUGCUGCGGUUGGGGGGGGCACGCCGUCCCGUCCACACGCGUGCCGCCCCUUCUCCCUAGACGAGCUUGAGCAGGCCACGGGCGGGUGGGCAGCGGAGAGGAGAAUAGGGGCGGGGAGGUGCGGGGACGUGUACACGGGGACGCCUGGGGGCGAGGGGGGCGCGGUGUGGGCUGUGAAGCGCGCGCGAGGGGCGGAGUGGCGGUCAGAGGAGUUCCAGAAAGCGGUGAAGCAGAUCGGCACGAAACACCACCUGCAGCUGGUGCGGCUGGUGGGGUUCUGUUCGGACGUGAACCCCGCUACUCACACCCAGGAGCACAUCCUGGUGUACGAGCUCAUGGCGCACGGCGACCUCACCCUCUGGAUAGGCCCACGUGCACAAAUGCAGCUGACCCUGCAGCAGCGUCUGGACGUGCUGAUUGGCGUGGCGCAGGCGCUGCAGUACCUGCACGCGUUCUCCCUCGUGCAUGCUCGCAUCCACCCGGGCAACGUGCUGCUCGACGGCAACAUGCACGCCCGCGUGUCUGACUUCGGGCUGCCUGCUGCACACACACAGGCCGAGAUGGGCAGGGGUGGUAAGGGGGGUCAAGAGGCUCUAGGAAGGGGCAAGGACGAAGAAGGAAGAAGAGAGGGUGGGGAAGAAGGGCGAAAAAGGGACUCGGGGGUGCUUGGGAAUGCAAGGGAAGGAGGCGUCGAUGGUAGAGACGGUGGAGAAUGGCAUAGAAGCAACAUUAGUGGAGGGAGCAGCAGCAGCAUUGGUGGUGGUGGUGUUGGUGGUGUGGAGAGUGCAGGUGUGAGCUGGUCGGGCUACGUGGAUCCCGAGUUCCUUCAGACUCACAGGCUGAUGCCUGCGGUCGAUGUGUACAGCUUCGGCGUGCUGGCUCUCAUGCUGCUCACAGCACGCAAGGCCGCCGGCACUACUAGUACUCAUCGACCAGGAGACAGCGACGGGGAUGGCACCACAGGCAUGCACAAACACAAGGACAAACACGCGGACCAAAGAACCAGCCUUAUCCACUGGGUGACUUCCCUGCUCCCCACCAAGAACCCUGCAGCCUUCACCGAUCCCCAUCUCUUAUCCCCCUCCUCCCCGGCCAAUCCCGCCCUCCUCCUCCGCCUCGCGACCCUCGCUCUCUCCUGCACCGCCCUCCCAUCCUCUGCCCGGCCAUCCGUGAAUAGACUCCUUCUGGAGCUAACAGAAAUGAAAGAGGAGUUCUUUGGGCUGGCGAGGAACGCAGUGCUGGAGAGGGUGGAUAGGGAGGUGGCGGAGAUGCGAGGGGGGAACUUUUUGGAAGAGAUGGCUCGCGCGGAGUCGUUUGCGUCGAAAGCGACUCACAGCGAAGGGGAGGGCGGAGGGGUGAGUGCGAAGUUGAGUGUGGGUGGGAGUGUCGCUGUGAGUGGGAGUGUGGGGGAGUACGCAGCAGGAUUCGGCAGAUCUUAAGGGAAGAGGGCUUGGUCGGAGGGGAGCAGAGCAGAGUGUAGCGGGUGAGUCUGGCAGGUACUUAUAUAUGUGCAUAUACCGCAACAGUACGUAUUCGGCUCUCGAGGGGUCCUUUGAGGAAGGGUGCAGCAAAUCUUGUUGGGUUGGAGAUGGCAGGGAAUGAGGGAUGAAGGAUCCAUGGGAAGUAAGCUGAAAUGGUAAUCUUAUACCCUACGAAUGUCCUGAAGUGUUUACCUGUAUUUAUAAUACUUUCUAGUGCUCGAAUGGUCAAUA